AUGUUAAUCUUCAACCACUCCAACUCCAUGACUUUCACGCUGAUGGGUGUACCUGGCUUAGAGUCUCAACACUUGUGGCUCUCGGUUCCAUUCACCUCCAUGCUCUUGGCCAUUCUCAUCGGCAAUGGGGCUAUCCUCUUCUUGGUUGUCAGACACCCCACACUUCACACACCAAUGUACCUGUUCCUGGCCCUGCUGAUGGUGGCUGACCUCAUCUCUACUCUAGCUCUUGUGCCCAAGGUCCUGUGCCUCUUCUGGUUUGAUGAUCGGGUCAUAGGUGCCUCUGCCUGUUUCACACAGAUGUUUUUCAUCCACGGAGCAUCAGUGGUACGAUCAGCCCUGCUUGUUGCGAUGGCCUUUGACCGUUUUGUGGCUGUAUGUCAGCCACUGCGCUACAACACCAUUCUGAGUCAUUCUCUAGUUGGACGCUUAGGACUGGUGGCAUUCGCCAAGGGUGUGAUCCUUAUCCUGCCCAUGCCUCUUCUUCUUCAAAGGCUGACUUUCUGUCACAGGAUCAUUCCCCACACAUACUGUGAGCACAUGGCUGUGGUAAAAAUGGCCUGUAGUAACACCACACCCAAUCGUAUUUAUGGGCUCUUCGUGGUCUUGCUUGUAGUGGGGCUUGAUCUGCUUCUAAUUGGCUUCUCGUAUGUCCUCAUCCUGCAGGCUGUGCUACGCCUCAACUCUCAAGAUGCCACCUUCAAAGCCCUCAAUACCUGCUCAGCCCACCUCUUUGUCAUUCUCAUCACUUAUGUACCUGCACUGUUUUCAUCUAUCACCCACCGCCUCGGCCGCAAUAUUCCACCUCAUGCUCACAUUACCCUUGCCAAUCUUUACCUUCUCGUACCUUCAACGUUCAACCCGAUUAUCUAUGGUAUAAAAAUGAAGGAGAUACGGGACAAGGUGGCCAGAUGCUUGUGCAGAUGA